AUGGAGCAAGAAGUGAACAGGCCAACUUGGAGCAGGCAGAUAGAGUUUACUUUGGCUGCAAUUGGCAAUGUUGUUGGUCUGGGAAAUGUGUGGAGAUUCCCAUAUCUGUGCUACAGGAGUGGUGGAGGUGCAUUCCUAGUUCCAUACCUCCUCAUGUUGCUGGUCUUGGGAAUUCCACUACUGCAUAUGGAGCUGGCACUGGGACAGUAUCUCAGAAGAGGGCCUGUUCAGGCACUAGCUAAAGCUUGCCCUCUACUAAAAGGGGUUGGCCUGGCCAUGAUGGCAAUUUCCUUCAUAAUGUGCACUUACUACAAUGUCAUCAUCACUUGGGCCCUGUAUUACCUGUUCAGCUCAUUCCAGAGCCUGUUGCCCUGGGAAAAUUGCAACAACACCUGGAACAGGCCCAACUGCACUGACCACAUAACCAACAGCUCCUACUCCAGCACUGCCAGCCAGCAGUUCUUCAGCUACAAAGUGCUGGACCAGACAAGUGGAGUGGAGGUGGCUGGGACCUUGCGCUGGGAGCUCUGUCUUCUGCUACUGGUGGCCUGGAUCCUCGCCUACCUCUGCGUCUUCAAGGGAGUCAAAUCGACUGGGAAGGCUGUUUAUUUCACAGCUCUCUUCCCAUACGUCAUCUUGGUGGCCUUGCUGAUUAACAACAUGCAGCUGCCUGGAGCCAUGACUGGGGUUCAAUACUUCAUAAUCCCUGACUGGGAGAAACUGAAGUUGGUGGAGGUAUGGGUCAAUGCUGCAGCUCAGAUCUUCAACUCCCUUAGCAUUGGCUUUGGCUCGCUGGUGGCCAUGUCCAGCUACAAUGCCUUCAACAAUAAUAUCCUAAAAGAUACUCUGACCAUCUGCAUUGUCAAUUCACUGACCAGCAUCUUGGCUGGCUUCGUCGUCUUCUCAGCAUUUGGCUAUAUGUCAUACCUACAGAGCAUUCCAGUUAGUGACAUUGCUGUGGAUGGUCCAGGCCUCGUGUUUGUGGUUUACCCACAAGCCCUUGCGACAAUGCCGGUGGCUCCCCUCUGGGCGUUUCUCUUCUUCUUCAUGCUCCUCUGUCUGGGUCUGGAUAGUCAGUUUGCCAUGGUGGAGGUGAUGGUGACCAGUUUCAUGGAUGCCUCUGGAGGUGCUAUCCUAAGGUAUCUGAAGCACAAAGAAUUUGUCGUCCUGGCUGUCUGCUGUGCAGCUUUGCUCCUUGGAAUCCCUCAUGUGAUGCAGGUGGGGAUCUACGUGUUCCAGCUUAUGGAUCACUACACAGCCAUCGUGUCCAUAUUGUUUCUUGCCUUUUUUGAAGUGGUGGCUAUUUGUUGGAUAUAUGGAGUAAAACGACUCUCUCAAAACAUUGAGGAGAUGACAGGAAAGAAGCCAAGCAUCUUCUUCACAGCGUGCUGGAUGGUGAUCUCUCCUGUAUUAGUCUUGGUAAUCCUAGUGUUCUCCGUCAUUCAGUUCAGACCAGCCACCUAUGGGAGCUAUGUCUACCCUACAUGGGCUCAAGGGAUUGGUUGGUUUAUUGCCAUGGCAUCCAUCAUCUGGAUCCCUCUUGCGGCCAUUCACACGCUGUGGGUCCUGCCUGGUUCCUUCACAGAGAAACUACAUAAAUCCAUCUCCCCAUUUGCACUUGAUAAGACUUCAAAACACCCUGAUAAUUUUGAAGGGAUGAACAACAUAUACUUGGACAAUACAGUUGUGACCACUGUGCCACUAUCAGAGAAGUGUCCAGUUCAGACCUAUCUCUGAAAUCA